AUGUAUGCUAUGAAACAGACGAUUCUUACUCUUUUCCCUCACUCUCCUCCCUUGCCUCCCCCGGAGGAAAGGGAGCAGUUCCCCGAAAUCCAACAAGAACCAAAUCACCAGCUUCCUGAGCAUCCUGGUGAUCAAGCACCUCAGAAACCAGGACCCUCACCUCAGCAAUCCAAAACGUCUCCCUCCAUUAGUUCGUCUUCUUGGCCUUUUACUUCGUCUGAUUGUUACUUUAUCUGGAAUUUUUUGAAUGACGAAGUGGGGCCUUCACAUAUAACCCCCAGGGAGGGAGGAGAAGCCGGACCAUCAAAAAAAAAUGUAAAUCCAACAGCGUUCGACCAGGAGGUCUCUUCAGCCCUGAACCGAGGGGACCUGCCCACUUCCAACCAGCAGUCGGCUGUUCAGCCGGCGCAUAACACUGGGUGGCACAGCAGAGGAUGCCGGAACCUGAGGAUGACCAUUUAUAUAGGGCCAUUGAUGCUAUCAAUAUGGCCUGUAAAAACAGCCAUGAUAGACAGAGCCCACAUUCUCUUGCAGAAGAAGGAAGGGGAUCAUUCUCGAGGAACCAAAGGAUGUGAAGCGUGCGCUCGAGGUGGCUCUCCAUGA